AUGUCUCGGAAAACUGUCCUGAUCACUGGUUGCAGUGAAGGCGGCAUUGGAGAUGCUCUUGCACAGUCUUUCCAUCGUAAAGGUCUUCGAGUUUUUGCUACAGCUCGGAAUAUAUCCAAAAUCGAACAUCUCAAGAAAUUAGGACUUGAAACUCUUCCAUUAGAUGUCACAGAUGCAGCAUCAAUCAAAGCUGCUGUCGAGGCCGUCAAAUUGGAAACUGGAGGAACUUUGGAUUUUCUCGUCAAUAAUUCCGGUGCUGGAUAUGCUAUGCCACUGCUAGAUACCGAAGUAUCGGUCGCUCAAAAAAUGUUUGACGUUAACGUCUUCGCCCUCAUUGCAGUAACACAAGCAUUUGCAUCACUCCUCAUCACCUCUAAAGGAACAAUUAUCAACAUUGGUUCCAUCGCCGGUCUUUCACCUUCAUAUUGGCAAGGAUAUUACAACGCCAGUAAAGCAGCCGUCAAUUUGAUUACUGAUCAACUUCGUGUUGAACUCGAACCUUUUGGCGUCAAGGUCAUUCUCGUGAUCACGGGUGUAGUCAAGACCAAAUUCUUCGAUAAUCAACCAUCGGUAAAGUUACCGGAGAAUUCUCUAUAUGCACCAGCGAGAGAUAUUGUUGAACGUGCUGCGGCGGGUGACGUUUUAUUGGCUAAUGCAGAGGAUGUGGAUGUUUAUGCGAAUAAAGUAGUGGAGAAUGCUCUGAAGAAGUAUCCACAGACACAUCAGUUGGCUGGUGGAAGUGCUUACAAGGUCUGGUUUGUGUCAACCUUUUUGUGGUAUAAUAUUUGGGAUUGGAUCAUGCCCUCACAAUGGAAUAUAGGAGAAUUAAAGAAGAGGCUUUUGGCGGCCAAGAAAACCGAGUAG